AUGUCGUGGACAGAAGAGUGCGAAGCCACACUCACUGUGCUGCCGGGCAGGCUGCUCAUCUCGCGGCUACACGAGGAAACACUGCACCAGACUGCCGCCCCUCUCCUCCGCCUUCUCCUUGUGCCCGGGUCCCACCGCCUUCUCUCCCUGACCCGCACCCGCGACGACUUGUACAAGUCUCCUCUUCCCCACAUCAUGCUGGCGGUGGUGGUGGUGGUGAUGACGAUGAUGGUGAACAUGACGCUGAUCGCCGACGAGGAGGCGUUCGACGUGCUGCCGCCCGGAGUGGUGGAGGUGGUCGUGAACGGACCCUCGUCGACGGGCACCGCCGACGCGAGCGCCGACCGAAGCCAGUGGCAGCGAUGGCGCGCCAUGCAGGUCGCCAGCGGCGGGUCCGGCCAGCCCUGGACCGGGGCUGGCGGGCUGUCGGGUCCGUUGGCCGCUGCGGGCAUCACCAUCUUCUACCUCGGCACAGCCGAGGAGGACAUAUUGCUGGUGCCAGAGGACAAGUUGCCGGCAGCGCUCGCGGCUCUGCGGGGCAAGUUUGAAAUCGUGACGGAAGGCAUCAGCGCCUCGACUCGUCGUGACGCCGCCGCGGCCGCUGCCGACGUGCCCACCUCGCUCUCGCCACCCGCCCUGAGCCGCAAGAAGAAGCUGGCCUUCCCUCGGCUGGAGCUGUCGCUGUGCGGCGUACCGGAAGAGGAUGUCGCCGCGGCGACUUACCUCCCGUGGGACAGACGGGAAGAUUGCUUCGUGUCCUACACGGAGCUGGAAGGCGAGGUGUCCCUGAUAGGCGACUCGGCCUCGCUGCGCCAAUACAGCUUCCCCGUAGAGGGAUCGCGGGAGCCGUGGGCCAUCAUCAAGGUCGACGAAGGCCCGCUGGGCUUCGAAGAGGCGGGCAUCGUGGCUUCGCUGGCGGUGCCGCUCGGCCAGGCCGGGCUGCCGCUCUUCUACCUGUCGACAUUCCUUACGGACUAUGCUUUCGUGCAUAAGGCCUCCCUGCCUCGAGCCCGCCAGGCACUCAAGGACAGCCCCUCCUUCCUUCUGCCGCUCUGA